AUGAUCGGGGAAGGAAGAUAUUUUGCUCUGAAAUGCUAUAAAAGUAUUAGCGACGAAGAGCUGACUAAACGAUUCUCCGCAAUUACUCCCCUUACUUUUUGCAAGACUUUUGUAUCUCAAACCUCAUAUCAACUAAUUUUUUUAGUUUUCAACACAUAUGUCCCAUUUAACAUCAUAAACAACACCGCAUUAAUGCAUAUUCAUACGCAUGUCGAUGUGAAGCUAAUAGAAGAAAGACCUGACAUACAACCGGCAAAUGAAAUUUAUUUAUUCAAUUUACCUGAAGCUGUCAACCAUUCUCAUUCAGUACAGUCAUUAAUAGGCAUAUUUGAUGAAAAGGCACUGAUCAAACAUCCUCCAGGUCUCUUCGUUGUUUCUCCAAGUGAUGAACAAUCAUCAAUUUUGCUUCAGACAAUAUUACCGGAGAUAGACUUUGGCAACGGAAGCCACUUGAACAUGGUGGUCAAUGACGCUUACAAAGUUCCCUACAUUCUUAUUCAGAACCUUCCGUUUGGAACAACAAAAGAAAAAUUAUAUCAAUUUUUCGAAGCAAACAAUUUCGAUGUGAAUUUCUUGGAACUUAUUCCAAACACAAAACUAAACAACAUGACCGCAGAAGUUAUCCUACCUUCCACACAAAUUGUUGAUGAUUUUACUUCAAAGAUGAAUUAUACUCAAUUUGAGAGCAAUACUAUAUUUAUCAGACACUACUUAUCGCCAAAACAACUAGAAGAAAUGAAAAAGUGGCGAAUUAAGGCUCUUGGAAUUAAGAGAAAUAUGAGCCUUAAAAAUAUUUGCGAAAUAUUUACGAAAUACGGCGAAAUAUUUUCAAUUACAAUCCGAGACUCAACGGGCGUAAUAGAAUUCAGAGAUUUAGAGUCUGCGGAGAAAGCAAUAUCAGAUCCCCCGAAAGGCUUUAAUUUAUCCUAUCUAGUGAUGGAAAAUGCAAAGAUGAUAUGUCUCAACAUGCCAUUGAAUACCACUCAGGAGUCUGUUUCGAAGGUUUUCCCAAACGCGAUCGGAAUCAAAAUCAUUUCAUCAAAAUACGACGGCGUUCGUCCAGUUAUUCACGUUGUAUUCAAGAGCAAAGAUGAGAUACGGACUGCGAUCGAAACAGGAAACAAAAUUUCGAUGGACGGAAUGAGACUGAUUUGCCUCAAAUUUAAUGAAUUCCACUCUAAGAUAGGAGAAAUCCAAGCUUCAAUGACACGAAAGAACUCGGUUUUCGCGAUCAACCUUCCAGAGCAUUUCGUAGCCGAAAACAUUGUUGAAAAUCUGAAACAGUUCGGCGAUAUAUUGUAUAUAAAGUAUUCGUCAGCCAAUGGCUCAAAACAGGGUUUUGCUGGUGUUCUCUUUGCUGAAGAAACGUCGAUACCCAAAGUUUUAUCUGCCUCUAACGAGGUUAGAGGUAUCUCUAUCAAACAAUUUUGUCCUAAAUAA